AUGGUUGCACCAACGGAAUCUGCAAGGAACCUGAAUGGGGUGGCUUUUCAGAUCACUCCUCCCUGUGCCAGUGAGAGGCAGUACAAGCAUCUUGGACGGUGCUGUAACAAAUGUGAACCAGGGAAGUACAUGUCUUCUAAGUGCACCACUACCUCCGACAGCACGUGUCUGCCCUGUGGCCCGGAUGAAUACUUGGACACCUGGAAUGAAGAAGAUAAAUGCUUGCUACAUAAAGUCUGCGACACAGGCAAGGCCCUGGUGGCCGUGGAGCCCGGCAACCGCACGGCCCCGCGGCGCUGUGCCUGCACCACCGGCUACCACUGGAGCCAGGACUGCGGAUGCUGCCGCCGCAACACCGAGUGCGCCCCGGGCUUUGGCGCCCAGCACCCCUUGCAGCUCAACAAGGACACGGUGUGCACGCCUUGCCUCGCAGGGUACUUCUCAGAUGCCUUUUCUUCCACGGCCAAAUGCAAACCCUGGACCAAUUGUACCGUUCUCGGGAAGACAGAGGAGCAUCAUGGGACGGAGAAGUCAGAUGUCAUUUGCAGUUCUUCUCUGCCUUCUAGAAAACCACCAAAUGAAACCCCUGUUUACUUGCCCAGUUUAAUUAUCCUGCUCCUCUUCGUGUCUGUGGCAUUAGUUGCUGCCGUCAUCUUCGGUGUUUACUACAGGAAAGAAGGGAAAGCCCUGACAGCUAACUUGUGGCACUGGAUCAAUGAGGGUUGCGGCCGCCUAAGUGGGAAUAAGGAGUCCUCAGACGAGAGUUGUAUCACUGCGGCCUCCGGUGAGCAUGAAGUGUGUGAAGGUGUCUUGCUGCUGACUCUGGAGGAGAAGACAUUUCCAGAAGAUAUGUGCUAUCCAGAUGGCUGUGGUGUCUGUGGGGAUGUGUGUGCAGGAGGUGGUCCAUACACACAGGACCAAGAUGCCGGGAUACUCUCCUUGGUCAGCGAGCCAGAGGUUGAGGGGGACCCCUUCAAGCAGAUUCCCAUGGAAGACGAGUACGUGGACAGGCCCUCACAGAACCCAGACUGCUUACCGUUCCUGACUAGGCCUGGAAGCAAAUCCACACCCCCUUUCCCCGAGCCCCUGGAGGUGGGGGAGAAUGACAGUUUAAGCCAGUGUUUCACAGGAACAGAGGGCACAGUGGAUUCAGAAAGCUGCAACGUCGCUGAGCCCUUGCACAGGACGGACUGGAUUCCUGUGUCCUCUGAAAAGCACUUGCAAAAAGAGGUGGAGCUUGGCAAGUGCCCCUCCUGGGCAGCCAGCUCUCACCCGGCCAAUGGCUGCGCCGGCUGCGGGAGGCCUGCUGGGGAGGACCGUGAGCCCCUCGAGGGUUCCCCCAUGCAUGGACCCUUGCCACAGUGUGCCUAUGGCAUGGGUCUUCCUCCAGAAUCUGCUGCCAAUGGAGCAGAGCCGGGAGACCAGCCUGAGGAUGGGGCUGACGUGAGGCUUCCAAACUCCACCCGGGGAAGCGCCGGGUCUGGAAGCUCCACCAGUGAACUGCCACCUGCAUCUGGAAACGUCACAGGGAACAGCAACUCCACGUUCAUUUCCAGCGGGCAAGUGAUGAACUUCAAGGGCGACAUCAUCGUGGUCUACGUCAGCCAGACCUCGCAGGAGGGCGCGGCGGGCCCGGGCGUCGCGGCCGCGGAGCCGGUGAGCCGCCCGGUGCAGGAGGAGAACCUGGCGCGCCGCGACUCC